GGAGUCUUAAUGUUAACAAGUUUUCAGCUCGUUUUUCUCCGCCAAAAGGGAACUUCCACAUAAGCGGGUUAAAUUCUUUAUAAUGUGUUUCUGUUAACUAAUUCUGCAGCAGAGCAUGCAUAAUGAAUUAAAAGACGCUGCACAUGACAAACAAUAAAUUAUACAGCUAUUUCAAGAAAUUUCUCCAUCAAAAGAAAAAUCAUGCCUCUUCAUAAAUAUCCUCCCAGAAUUUGGGAUGCCCUGAAAAUGAAGCAGGGCAUCUACGCACGUCUCCCCGAACAUUACCUCAAAUCCCUGGAAAAAACAGAGCCCCCGCCUGUCCACUGGAAGCCCCUGGGAGUCAAGUAUCGAAUCAGUCCAAAAACUGGGGAGAAGGAGCGGGUGCAGGAUGUCCCGAUCCCGAUUUACUACCCUCCAGAGUCCCAGGAUGGUCUGUGGAGUGGAGAGGGCUGGAUAUUAGGCCACAAAUACGCCAGAAAUGACAAAAUGCGCCCACGUUCUAAGAAAAUCUGGAAGGUACAGCAUUUUAAGAGAGAAUUCUACAGCGAGAUCAUUGACCACAAGUUCACCAUCGAUGUCACGAUGCGCACGCUGGAUCUGAUUGAUGCAGCCUUUGGCUUUGACUAUUACAUCCUGAAGACCCCCAAGGAAGAGCUGAACUCCAAGCUGGGGAUGGACCUGAAGAGAGCCAUGCUGCUGCGCCUGGCCCGCAAAGACACACAGCUUUACCCCGACGACCCCGUCAAAAGAGAAGCCGUCUACAACAAAUACAAGGAGUUUGAGAUCCCAGAAGAGGAGGCGGAGUGGGUGGGCCUGUCGCUGGUAGAGGCUGUGGAGAAACAGAGGCAGCUGGAAUACAAGGAGCCAGACCCUCUGUUUAAGGUCUAUGCGGAGAAACUUGUGCAGGACCUCCAAAUGAAGAAACUUUCAGAGCCACACGUGGUGGACUUAGGAGUGACCACCAGAACCCCGUCUGAACCGGACAGAGGCUGAACUGUGAAGGUUCUGGUGGGACUUUUAGUCACGAUGUUUCAUCAGAGAAGACAGACUGAGGGAGGAUUCCUGCCGUUUUUAUUUUUAUUUCAAACCUGGUGUGGGACUACAACAAACUCACGCCGGAGACAUUUUUAUUUGUUAUGUUUCACAUAAACAAUYACUCAUUGUGAAGCUUAAAAUGUAACAAAAUAAAAAGACAGUUACAGAAAACAUUGAUUUUAUGACUAAUUGAUGCUUUUUGUUUGUACUGUAAACAUACAGCUGGAACCAAAAAUAGGAUCAGCUUAAUUAAAACAAAACCAUAACAUGAGUAGAAGCCUGAGAAAACAACUUUUACGUGUAUAUUUCCAAAAUUUGUCAUAUUUAAACCCAAAAAAAUAUAUUCAAAUGUGGAGUUAUACUCCAAACUACACCUUGCAUUGGCCUCAAAACUUAUUGUGGUCUUCUGCUAGUGUUAUAGGAAUAAAUGGACCCAAAAAAUCAGAUUAUUCAAGGCAGCAUUGUUGUUUUUAGUAAAUGCUUUCAUGAAUGUAAACAGCAUCAAACUUAGUUUUUUCCAGAACAUAUACUAAAACAUUCAUUAAAGAUGAAUUAAAUA